AUGGUGGCCGCCAAGCACCCGUGUCCCUCGCAGCUCGCCGACGUGUGGCUGCUGCUCAGCUCCUCCCUCCACAAUGUCGUCCCCUUGCUCUCGGAUGUGCAGCCCAAUUUCCCCCGCGAUAUCCUCCACAGCUUCCACACAUUGGUCAAGGAGACGGCACAUUUCCCACAUCCUCCUCCUGAUGGCAGCCUCGUCAGGCCAUGGAAACUUGCUGCCCGUUGCCGCAAGCACGCCGCCAAGCUGACCUACCAGCAUUCGUGGUCACUGACGCGAGUGCUCCUCGACACGAUCCAUGGAUUCUACCUGCAGGCUCUUGCCAGAUUGCCGGUUGGUUACCACCGCAACCUGCUCGAUGCUGGACAUUGCUACGGCCCGUUCGACCCCGUCUGGAACAUCAUCGUCAACACCAUCUGGUACCAAGCCACCUUCCCACCACUGAGUCAGCAAGACGAGCUCGACAUUGUCGGCACAUUGUGCCUUAUGCGGAUUGAAGCACGAUCCUUCUACGGACUUGUCUCCUUCCUCUGCACCUGUUACCAAGAUCUCGACACCGAUCAGGCCAUAAGGUUCCUGCUCGACACGGCACUCAAUUUGUCCGCGACAAAGCACUGCAGCAGUGUCAAGGAAGAACAAGAAGCCUACCGGGCUGCUGCCAUUGCGGCAUGGCACCCCAGACCCGACGCCCAAGCAGGAUUCCUCAGUUCAUUAAAGGCGAUGUUGGUAGCGCCUCAUGUCCUGUCACUGCUACAAGAUGGAGGCCAGUAUCAGCUCUCCUCUCAGUGUGUCCACCAGCUACUCACGCUAUUGUGCUCUGAAUACCAUUCCAUUGUUGGUGUCCCAACCCAUCAGCAGAGGCCAGCUCCCGUUUCUGAACGACAGUUCCAUUUUACCAUGUCUGAGGGACGUAAACAGCGAAGGGCUCAUAGAAGGAUCUCCGCAAAGGUCAAGGCUGCACUAAGGAGAUAUGAGAAGCAGAAUACAGUCCUGACAACUGCGAAGGCUCGGGUUUGA